AUGGGCUGCUCACCAUCCAAAGGUAACAAUUUUGGGACUCUGGGUUCCCUGAGUAGGAGCAGAAUGCUGCCGGCUGCACCUCCAGAGAGCCCCAGACAGUCCCUGCUUGAAGACGGAAAUCUUCGAAAUUCAGCUAUAUCUACAGAUGUGGAUACAAAGGAGAGGAAGACAGCUGAACAGACCCAGGUAUUUCAGAAGGAGGCCCAUAUGACACCACAAAAAAAGAGAUCUGUUACUGACUUUGCACCAGAGGCAGUAAACAUGGAUAAACUCUGGAGUCAAGGAAUGGACAACAACACUGUGUCCCAGAGAAAAGAGAAAUGUUAUGACACGCAGGAUGUAAUCGAGAAAAAGACUGGCAGAAAACCAAAGAAAAACAGGGGUGGGAAAGUCUUUAAAAAGAAAGACAAAGACAAGCUAUCUGCGGAGAAUAAAGUGGAAUUCCCAGAACCUCUGGUAAAAGCUCACCAAGCUGUUUAUGCCUUUUUAAAUCCAAGUAUAAACAAGUAUGAUGCUCUACUUGGACUUUUGGAACAAACAACCCAAACUCAGGUUUCCGUGCAGCCUAUGGUUGCUUUUAUGGCCCUUCGCUACGAGGAAAUAAUCCAGGGCCUGGAAGAGAUAGCAGAUGAGGGAGAAAAAGUUUUAAAAGAAAAUGGACAACAUCUUGCUUGGACAAGUCAAAUGAAAAAUCUUUCAUCUUCUCCACCUCUGAAGUCUGGCUCUGCUAAUAUUGAGCCCCCACCGGAUUUGUUGCAGCAGCUGCUUCAGUACACCACACAGAGAAUGCGAAAUGUGAGCCAGACUGUUGGUGGAAUCGGGGAUUCUGCUUUGGAGGAGGCAGUGGAGUACUUUGCCUCAGUUUUAGAGCUUUUAGAGGAGAAACUGAAAGUCAAACGUACAGUAGAGACUAGGCUAAUGCAAGUCUUAUCUCGUAUUGAAAUGGCCUCUCUGGGCAAGCCUGGGCCAGAGGACUCUGCUCUGCUAAGUGAGGACAGUGGCAUUGGGGCUGAGAGUGAAUCGCUUGCUGGAUCUGACAGACGCCGUAGACGAGAGAGUUGUGAUUCCACUGCAACAAAUAGAACUACACCUGUUAGUCUUAUUGAAGGAGUGUCAACGCAAAAGUGUCUAAGUCAAAUAAGUCCAAGUGUUUCCCUCACCUCACUCAACUCACUGGAUUCUACAUGCACCAUAAUGGCCAAUGACCAAAGAGAUUCAUUACUAGGAUCAUUCUCUUUAGAUGAUGGGGAGGAAGAUGAAAAUGAUGAUGACAAGGAAGUGGAUAAAGGCAUUGGAGUACUUCAUGUUAGGUUUAGAACGCGAUCAAAUUCUUCACCGUUAGAACAGCAACAGCCCCCGCGUCCCCUACUCUCAAAGCGCAUAGAGAAUCCUCAAAAUGCAGAAAUGACUCUUAAAAUGAAAAAUGCUAUAAGUGGCAGAAUACAGUUUGUCCCAUCACAGAAUGCUGGUGCCAAAUCAAAGGUAGGAGGCAGUCCCAAAACCAGUAGACGCAAUUGGACAGAUGAGGAGGAACGAUCUCCGAGAAGGCCUCAAUCAGCAGCACCUGUUCAGAAGGCGUUAGUGAAAAAUACCACAGUGGCUAGACAGCAACGUUCCCGGUCAGCAGAAUCUCUACGGAGCAAAGGUGAAGAUCCUACUCUGCUCGAACUAGAAAGGACUCAGAAGGAUUUAAACCAGAGGUUGCAGAGGAUGAGUAAAAGCAGAACAGGAGUAAAUGCAAGGACAGCUCCAUCUAAGCAAAAUCAAGGAAGCUCACCCACACAGUCUCCGGCAAUAAAUCGCAAACUGCAAUCCUUAGAAAAGAGCAAUAACCAACCACCUAAAUGCAAAGUGGACUUAAGAAGGAGCAACAACAAAAAAGCGUCAGUACCCAGUGUUGUGGAAGACAAUAUACAAAAGAACAAAAAAACACACAAGGGACCCAUCAAAGCCACCCCACCCCCUAGCCCUCCUGCAUCACCACGGCCAUCAUCAGGUUUUCACAGAGGCAGGAAUUCAGUCAAAAAACUGAUUGAUACCUUUAGUCAAGGAAUAGAAGAACUUGAUAGUCCUAAAGUUUUAGGGCCUCUCGUCGGAGUACGAAAGUGCGGUGUUCCUGUGUUACCUGGUUUAGGGAAUAUGGAAGCCGUGCUAAGUGCUGGGUUAGCCAAAUGUAGGAAUGAAUACAUCUCAUCUGAGAAAACGGAUGAUUUAGAUCUGGAGAGUCUUCCUCCACCUCCACUGGAAGUAUUAAUGGACAAUUCCUUUGAGGGUGCCAAGAAUCUUUCAACUGGUACAGGAGAUGAUAAGGCAACAAAAGUUGGCAAGUCGCCUCUCUUAAAAAGGACUGUCUCACAAAAAUUAAGGGCCUCGGUUCAGUCGGUGACAGUGCUGCCAAGCAAAGGAGGCUUGCCACAAGCUUCAAAGGUUGUUUCUCAAGCUAGAGCAGACCAACGCGACACGUCUACUCCAUCAAACUUUAGCAAACAAGUUGCCCAACUGGAGGCAGACCCAGGAAAAGAAAAUGAUUAUUUUCAUCAUCAAGCAAGAAAGAUUAUACCCCUAAGACACUCUUCAAACUCUCAGAUAGAGAGUUAUGUAGAAAACAAUCCACCUUCCAGUCUAGAAGGAUUAGUAGACCUUCAAGAUGCUGGCAACCUAUCCGUGCCUGGACCCAACACUACAGUGUCCACAUUGCCUCCCUCUUCAGAAGUCAAUAGCCAACUACCUGCCACCCCAACUAGGUCUAGGAGUCGAAUGUUACCAUCCACACCUUCUACGCCAAACAGCUUAUAUCGAAGGUUUCCUAGUCCCCAUAACUGUAAAAGGCAACCUAGUCCCUCAACUUCAACCAGCCCCCAAGUUAAUAGGGAACUCCCCACACCUCCAGCAGCUCAGAGGAGGCUGCCCAGCCCACCGGUUACAAGGAAGAACAUCUUAAACUCAAUCUCCUCGUACCCUUUCAAAGCACCAUCUCCACCUGCCUCACCAAAAUUACAAAGAUGGUCAAGACAGAACAGUAGUGAAGACUUAUCUAGUGCUCGGAUGAUCAGUAAUGCUCGUUCAGUCUUCUGCCCUGUGAGCCCAUCCCUGUUCGAAGCCUCCAUUCCCCGACCCCCUCAAGCAUGGAUCUCUACCGGGGUGUCUUUUGUCUCACGUCCUUCGGGAAAUCGUGGACGGUUUCCUGUAUGUGUUCAAGGACCUCGACCAUUCAUCAGACGCAGUCAUUCAGACCAAAGGCCAAGUUCAAGUUUACCACCAAGAUCACCAGGUGUCUCUGUGGCUGAGACUUGUGGGAGUGAGCCAUCAAUAUGUACACAGGGGCUGGACGAUGAACCAAUCAGGUACACUGACUUAUGGGGCAGCCAAUCAGACCUCAGAGCUACAUCACGCUCUGCAUCACACCCGGAUCUGUGUGUUGUUGGUCAGGCCUUUCACAGAGACUAA